ACAUCCACCGCCAGAGAUCGAGUCGCGAAAAAUCCCCCAAACCCUAUGCGCUCCCCCUCCCUUGCUCAUUCUCCCAUCGACUGCUCGAAGGCCGGACGAAUCCAAACCCAAACCCUCGCGAGAGAUAGGAUUCUGUCGACUGUGAUGGCAAGCAAAGGCCGUCAACCACCUCAUUUACGGCGGCCUCUUCCUGUCCCUGGCAUGCUACACCCUGAGCCAUUUGGUCCAGGCAUCCGCCCCCCGCCUGGUGCCUUUCCUUUUGAUGUGUUGCCUCCAGAAAUUUUGGAGCAGAAGCUUGCUCAUCAACAUGUGGAGAUGCAAAGGCUUGCAACAGAGAACCAAAGGCUUGCAGCAACACAUUCCACUCUGAGGCAACAACUAGCUUCUGCCCAACAAGAUUUGCAGAGAUUGCAGACCCGUAGUGGUGUUGUCAACGCCGAGCAAGAGCAACACUUGAGAGUCCUCAAAGACAAGAUAGCAAAGAUGGAAGCUGACUUGAAAGCCUCUGAGCCUGUUAAAGUGGAGUUGCAACAGGCUCGUGCAGAAGCCCAUAGCUUGAUGGCAGCGAGAGAGGAACUCAUUUCAAAAGUCCAACAGCUGACUCAGGAUAUGCAGAGGAGCUAUGGUGAUCUUCAGCAAAUCCCUGCACUGAUGUCUGAACUGGAUGCUCUCAGACAAGAAUAUCAACAUUGCAGAGCUACAUAUGAUUAUGAAAGGAAACUGCGCAUCGACCACUAUGAGUCUCUUCAGGUAAUGGAGAGGAACUACAUUUCCAUGGUUAGGGAGGUGGAGAAAUUGCGUGCUGAAUUGACGAAUGCUACUAACCUUGAUAGAAGUGGUGCCGGUGCUUUAGGGGGGCCAUUUGGUACCAAUGCUGCACACAGGGAAAAUGAUUCAUCUGGGCAUCAUUCUGGUGGACAAAAUGCUUAUGAGGAAGGUUACCGAGUUCCGCAGGGACGUGGGCCUUCAGGUGGUGCAGCUCCAUAUGGUGGAGGUCCAGCUGGACCUGCUUCUGCCCAGGUUGGAUAUGAUGCACCCAGGGGCCCCGCAUAUGAUGCCCCAAGAAAUGCAAGUUAUGAUGCAUCCAGGGUUGCCGGCUAUGAUGCUUCCAGAGGCAGCAGCUAUGAGGCACCCAGAGGUGCUAGCUAUGAGGCACCCAGAGGUGCUGGCUAUGAGGCUCCUAUAAGAUCUGGAUAUGAUGCUCCUCGAGGAGCAGGGGUGCCUCAGGCGGCAGUUACUGCCGGCAGCAAUGCUGCACCCUAUGGAUCAACACAGGCACCACCCACCUAUGGGUCAGCUCGGAUGCCAUCACCCUAUGGAUCGACGCAGCCUCCAAGCUAUGUAUCAGGGCAGACUCCAACUCGAGCAGGAGGCAGUUAUGAAGCACCUCGUGGUGGGAGCGCAGUACGAAGAUAAGCUUGAAUUCAUCCUGCCAAAGCAUUUUCUGUUUUUUUUAACUAUGGAGAUUUCCAGGUGAUAGUUCUCUCACGAUAAAACAUCACCGGCUUCAAGGAUUCUACCCUGCUGACUUGAUGGAAGCUCUCAUUGUUGUUUGUAGAAUUAGUGAAUUACAGCAGGUGGUGAAUACUUUUGUGGACAGGAAUGCGCAAGCUGUUUAGGGAUCAGCUGGGAAUUUCUUAUGAGUUAUGAUCUUUCCAUUUGCUUACUAAAUUUCAAAUGUUUCUCCUUUCUUCUAUUUUUUCCCACUCUUUAUGCUUCUCUGAAAUAUUAUGGGUUGCUGGCAUGGAUAUUUUUGUUGUUUUAUGGCCUCUGGCUUAACAUGCAUAAAAAAAACACGCCUUGCACCUUGAUGUCUCUUCUCCGAA